CUGUGCUGGAAUGUGCGGCUCCCGCGAGCUCGCGGCGCAACAGCAGACCGGGCGCCGCCGAGGCCGCGGGCCCCAGACCGGGGCAGCGGGGAGCUCUGCGACUGCAGGGCAAGGGCCGGAGGUCUGAUCCCGCUCCGCGAUCGCCCCGCAGGUCUCGCGGGCCUCGGCGCUCAACUUUUCCCCGCUCUCUCUCCCCUCCCCCGAAAGUCCAGCAACAAAGAAAAGGAGUUGGGAGCGACGGUAGCGGAGGCGGCGGUCCGUGGACGCGCAGGCGAGCGGUGUGCAGUUAUGGCCACCCAGGUGAUGGGGCAGUCUUCUGGAGGAGGAAGUCUGUUCAGCAGCAGCGGCAACAUGGGCAUGGCCUUACCUAGCGAUAUGUAUGACUUGCAUGACCUCUCCAAAGCUGAACUGGCCGCACCCCAGCUCAUCAUGUUAGCCAAUGUGGCCUUGACUGGGGAAGUCACUGGCGGCUGCUGUGAUUACCUGGUGGGUGAAGAAAGACAGAUGGCAGAAUUGAUGCCUGUGGGGGACAACCACUUCUCAGAUAGCGAAGGGGAAGGACUUGAAGAAGCGGCCGAACUCAAAGGUGACCCCAGUGGUCUGGUAAACGUGGGACUGAGAAGUUUGGAGCUCAGUGCAGUGGAGCCACAGCCGGUGUUUGAAGCAUCAGCCGCCCCAGAAAUGUACAACUCAAGCAAAGACCUCCCUCCUGAAACGCUUGGGACGGAGGACAGAGGGAAGAACACGAAGGCCAAACCCUUUCGCUGCAAGCCCUGCCAGUAUGAAGCUGACUCCGAAGAGCAGUUUGUACAUCACAUCCGGGUUCACAGUGCGAAAAAGUUCUUUGUGGAAGAAAGUGCCGAGAAACAGGCCAAAGCCAGGGAAUCUGGCUGUUCCACGGCCGAGGAGGGGGAUUUCUCCAAGGGCCCCAUCCGCUGUGACCGCUGUGGCUACAAUACCAACCGGUAUGAUCACUACACGGCUCACCUAAAACACCAUACCAGAGCUGGGGAUAAUGAGCGUGUCUACAAGUGUAUCAUUUGCACGUACACAACAGUAAGCGAGUAUCACUGGAGGAAACACUUGAGAAACCAUUUUCCAAGAAAAGUCUACACGUGUAACAAAUGCAACUAUUUUUCAGACAGAAAAAAUAAUUAUGUACAACAUGUUCGGACUCACACAGGAGAACGCCCUUAUAAAUGUGAACUUUGUCCUUACUCGAGUUCUCAGAAGACACACCUAACUCGACACAUGCGUACUCAUUCAGGUGAGAAGCCAUUUAAAUGUGAUCAGUGCAGUUAUGUGGCUUCAAAUCAGCACGAAGUGACCCGACAUGCAAGACAGGUUCACAACGGGCCAAAACCUCUUAACUGUCCUCACUGUGACUAUAAAACGGCAGACAGAAGCAACUUCAAAAAGCAUGUGGAGCUGCAUGUCAACCCACGGCAGUUCAACUGCCCCGUGUGUGACUAUGCGGCUUCCAAGAAGUGUAAUCUACAGUAUCAUUUCAAAUCUAAGCAUCCUACCUGUCCUAGUAAAACCAUGGAUGUCUCAAGAGUGAAACUGAAGAAAACCAAAAAGAAGGAGGCUGACUUGCAUACUAACAACAUCACCAAUGAAAAAACAGAGAUAGAGCAAACAAAAACAAAGGGGGAUAUGUCUGGAAAGAAAAACGAGAAACCUGUAAAAGUAGAGAAAAAAGAGAAGAAGUCUUGUGGCAGUGCUGCAGUGGUCCAGGUAACUACCAGAACUCGGAAAUCCGCCACAGAGACGAGAGCAGCGGAGAUGAAACACGUAGAUGUACAUACAGGAAAUAGUUCAGACAAACUCAGUAAAGCCAAGAAAAACAAAAGAAAGAUGGAUGCUGAAGCCCAUUCCCCAGGUGAUCCUGUGAAUGAGGAACCAGUGCUGAAAAAGAAACAGAAGACAGAGAGCAAAUCCAAAAACAGAUCCGAAGUGCCAAAGGGGGACAGCAAAGUGGAGGAGGGAAAGGGGGACAAUAAAAAGCAUAAUGUUCCCAUUAAGAAAGGUACAAAGAAGAAAACUGUAAAAAGUAAACCGAGUAAGAAAGGCAGCAGACCUGUUCAGGAGACUCAGAAGGAGACCGCUCAGACAGAGCCUCCCUCCGUAGAGCUGACUCACGGGGAGGUCUCUCCAGUUCCUGCUCAGGUUGCGGUCACUGUGACAGGGUCUACUCAGACAGGGCUUCCUUCUCCCGUGGAUAUCGCUCACACAGGGCCUGUUCAGAUGGAGGUUUCCCAGACAGGGGUUCCUCAGGUGGAGCUGCCCCCUUCCGUGGCACCUACUCAGGUAGAGCUGCCAUCUCCCAUGGAGACUGCUCAGAGUGAGCUGCCCCCUCCAAUGGAACCUGCUCAGAGUGAGCUGCCAUCUCCCGUGGAGUCUGCUCAGUGUGAGCUGCCAUCCCCUAUGGAGCCUGCUCAGAUGGAGCCUGCUCAGAGUGAGCUGCCAUCUCCCAUGGAGCAGUCAUCUCUGCUGGAGCCACCUCAGGUGGGACAUUGUCAGAAAGAGUUGCCUUCUCUUUUGAACUAUGCUCAAAUGGAGGUUGUGCAGACAAGGCCUACUCACAUGGGAUCUGUUCAGGAGGAGCUUCCUGCUGUCAUGGAACCACCUCUUCAAGUCAAGCCCAUUACUAAAAGGUCAUCUCCCCGAAAAGAUAAGACGAAGGAGAAGUUGAGCAUACGGCGUGAGAUGCUGCGGCAGGAACAAGUCCUUAUUGAAGUUGGCUUAGUGCCUGUUAGAGAGAGCCAGCUUCUAAACGAGAGCAAGAGUGCACAGGGUCGCCCAGGCCUGUCCUCACCACUGCCAAAGGGAAACUCAAGAAGAGAAGAGGCACCCAAGGACCACAACAUCUCUGAGGGGGAAGGAAUAGCCCCUCUCAAAGUAGGGACUGAGGAAGCCUGCGAGAGCCAAACUGAACUUGUUGCUCCAAAGGACUCUACCAGUGUCUUAUCCUCUGAGCAAAAUUCAAAAGUGCCAGAUGGUGAAACACUACAUGUUAAAUGUCAGACAGAUUCAGCUGGGGCUUGUGAAAUUGAAGUGGGCACCGAGCAGAACACAGCAGACAAUGUCUCUGUGAAGGACUCAGCAGUCGAGCCAGGGUCACCAGUGCCUCGUCUCCCAUCAGCAGAACGUGAAGUGGCAUCAGCAGCUGUAGUGGCCUCACCUCCUAUCACUUUGGCUGAAAACGAGUCUCAGGAAAUUGAUGAAGAUGAAGGCAUCCAUAGCCACGAUGGUAGCGACCUGAGUGAUAACAUGUCAGAAGGCAGUGACGAUUCCGGGCUGCAUGGAGCUCGGCCAGGGCCACAAGAAGCUGCUUCAAAAAACGGAGAGGAAGGGUUGGCAGUUAAAGGAACUGAGGGAGAUUUUGUUUGUAUUUUCUGUGAUCGUUCUUUUAGAAAGGAAAAAGAUUACAGCAAACACCUCAAUCGCCAUUUGGUUAAUGUGUACUUCCUUAAGAAGGCAGCUGAGGGGCAGGAGUAGACCGGAAGUGCAGUUCCUGGUGUAAACACGUCUCUGCUUCUAGUUUAAGGCAGGAGGCAAACGCAAGCUUGCUUUAAGUAGUGCCCAGUGCUGAUUUUGAAGCGACAUUCUUUUUCUUAGGACUGUGUCUUAUCUAUUGACUGUUGCAUAAAUCUUAGCAAAGCCUAGGAAGUUAAUGUAAGGAAACAGACACUUAAAUCUGUUAGCGUGUGCAGUCAAGUGGAAAGAGGAAGGCAAGAUGGUAGAACAUGCUUUCUUGCCUUGUUCACCUGCAGCCUGUCAGUUUUUAUGUCUUUUUCACUUUAGUUUCUAUUUUUAGUUCCUUGUUCAGAUUGAUAAAAAUUGGCGUAGCAAAUUACUUGAAGAAUUUGCCUGCUUUAUAUAAAUAAAGUUAGCACUUUAAAGUUUCUUUAGAUCACAAAAGACAUUUAAAUUGAAGAAAAAUUCUUUGAACAGUGGACAUUGUAUCUGUCCAGGUAACUGCUUCCUGACUUAACGGUCAAUAUGUUGUGUUUGUAUGUUAAUCAUUCUAAAAAGUGAUUUUGGUGUUUUUUAUUUUGGUGCUUUACUGGCUUAAUAUGUUGCACAUGGUUUUUGUUUUUUAACCUAUGCAGUUAAUUCCUCCCCCCUAGACAUAGCAUUGUGUUUGAUAGUAACACUUUAUCCAUAUAUGCAUGGUUUUUCUUUUGGGGGUGUGCUUUUAGGCUUGUUUGCAAAGGGCCGUUUUCCUUUUCUUUGCAAUUGUCUUUUUUGCAGAACAAUAGUGUGUGCAAGUUUAUGAGCAAUGGAACAUGCAGGUUCAAUCCAUUGUUUUUUUAUUUCUUACUUUAAUUAUAACUGCUUAUCUAUGCCAGAAUCAGUUUCAUAUAAGUUAUUUUGAAUGGUGAGCAUAUGCGUAAUUCCACAGCUCUCCGGUCUGACUUUUCCAGUAAGCCAUGAGAUCCCAUAUUGACAAAAUUUAAUCUCAUAUCAGCCAUUAAGAGGUUUUUUUUUUUUUUUCUGAUUCUAGCUUAUCUCUUAGUGAUAAAUUGUUCUUUGAAGAGUUUAUUUUUUCAAUAGAUAGUUGACGUUGGGAUGGACGCUUAGCUGAGUAAAGAACUCCAAGUUAUUGGUGGAAACAGCAAAUUUGGAACCAGACAUAGUUACCGUUCAAACUAUAGAAUAUCACUUGUGAGGAAGCCAUCAUGGCCGCAUGGCUAAUCGAGAAUGGAGUGCUAACUUCUGGCCAACAGCUGCAUCUUCCAGUGAGUACCUGAACAGGGCUGAUGUUCAUACUUUCUCAGGGAUCUCCACAAAUUCGUGGGUGUCCUCACUGCCCCUGUGAGACAGCCUCUGUACAGGAGAGGCCUCCAGCGAAUUGCAGCCAUCCCGGUGUCGUCAGUGACAUUGCUGAGAAGCCGCAUGCUCCAGAACUGGUUCUGUGCUCUUUGGUCAAUGCCUGAACGUGAAAUAGUCCAACUUGGGAUGUGUUUUUACUGGUAGUAGCUACAAAGUACGAUCCCAAGCGGGACUUGUGACAUUUUGGUGGUCAUGUUCUGUUUGGACAUAACCUCUGUGUAUUUCAUUUAUUUUCUUUUACCUGGCGAUCUCUGAGCAGGCUUCAGAUUUUGACAGUUCAUGAAAGAUGACAAGCAUUAAUGUAUGUGUGAAAAGCUUAGGGAAAUUCUGAGUGAAGUUUUAGUUAAAGUUGGUUGAACUUGGGAUUGACUGGGAGGCCAAAGAUUUAAAAAGCGGAAAAUUCUCUCAAAACACAAGUUGUGUGAUAAUAGUGUGUGCUUUGUGUGUGUGAAUGAGGAUUUGUAAAUGUUGAAUUCUAGGCUCCGACAAUCAUUGUCAGUGCAGAUCAGACUGCAAGUAUUUAUGUUUUAAAACUUAAAUUAUAAAGCUAGUUAAGUCUUUCUAACAACUAGUUUUAACGUUCAUGAGCACGUUUUACCUUUGUUACCUAUUGAAGAUGUUGGAAAAGAUGCAUCGCAAGCACAGGUGGAGGCUGGGAGCUGGUUUUGAGGAAGAGGCCUUUGUGGAGUCUUUCCUAUAGUAAAGGAAGGAAAACAGUGCAUUCUGGGACUAAACUAAGUUUUAAUUUGAGACUAGAAGUCAAAAACAAAAAUAUAAAGGAAAUUGAAACCUCGUUAAAUUGAUUUUUGAAGCAUUGAAAUGAAAUUGAGUGGGACUUUGAGGCCUUCUUCCAGAAAACAAGGACUUGGUUGCCAGGCCUAUAUUAGGCCUAAACCUUGGUGCCAUUGUUUACUUAAAUUGUUUCAAUGGAAAGUACAGUUUGGAGUUCUUCCAUUUGAAAACUGUGACUUUUGCAUGGGAUUGUUUGAAUCUUGUUUUCUAGUCUCUCUUCUCGUCACCAACUUCAUAGUCUGAAGGUAGAUUUUUCUCUUGAUAAAGGAACAAAAAAAGUGAACAUCUUAUUUGUAAAUUGAUAUCUAGUAACUAGUGUUAAACUUGAAAUGGUAGAAUUCUUUAAAGCCUAAUUUUUGGUAGCUUUAGAAAGAUGUAUCUUAAUUAUUUUUGGACCUGUAUUCACCUUGUUUUUUCAUAUAUCUUAAGUUAUAUUUUCUUUUCAGAGCUGCUUAUUUGGGGCUUUUUUUUUUUAAUUGAGGCGUAAUUCAUAAAAGAGGGUACAUUGUUUUGAUGAUAUUUUUACAACGUUGGCUGGAUGUCUUUAGUCUUCCAAGAAGGGCCAUUUUACUUUUAGAGUUACUUUACUUUUAAAGUCUUGAGGUAACACUUGGACCACUUUGCAUGUAAGCACUAAUGCGAAUUAAGACCCAAGUUGACCUCAAGCAGUUCACUCUAUGAAUGUUGACAGCAAAAAGAACACUUAGCCUGUUGGUAUACUGUUUCUUGG